UUCAGCCACUUCCUACAGACAUAUUUGUCGGGGGGCUUAAUCCCUGCGUAAUGAUUCUAUAGGAACGCCCUCCACUGAGAGAAACCUGGAACAUUCCGUCUUUACCUGUGUAGACUAGACGGUAUCAAACACUGAUCGAGCUGCGUGUCGUCUGUCCACACAAGUAUUACACGUGACUGGUUUGAUGCUCCGGCUCAGACGUCUGGGUCAUCCUUCAGUCACUCAGCAUCAUCGCCCGGGAGGCAGCAUCUUUACUCUGGUCGCGUUUCUCCUGUAAUUUGUGCCUUUUUUCUGGACUUAACUUUUAAAGGCUUAACUGAGCAGCAGCAUUUAUUGUAACUGCACCAUUCUGAGCCGGUGAACGCAGCCGACACCCCACGUCCCCCAGCUGUCACAGUUCUGCGCGGAGUUUGGCAUGUGCCGGCCGACCGUAGCGGUGCUGGCGGUGCUGGCCGCCUGCAUCUGGAGCGGCCCCAGUCUGUGCGCGGCGGCGAGGAGCCAGCAGCUCAACACACGGCCGAUCAUCGGUGUGUUGGCACAAGAAAAUCUUCCAGGAGACCAGUUUGCUCAUGGCUCUUCUUACAUCGCCGCCUCUUAUGUCAAAUACAUGGAGAGUGCCGGAGCCAGGGUUGUACCCAUUCGAAUCAAUCGCACAGAAGAAGAAUAUGUUAAGAUCUUCCACUCAAUAAAUGGGUUGUUGCUGCCAGGAGGAGAUGUAGAUCUUCAGACAUCACAGUUCAGUCGAGCUGCCAAGAUCUUUUACAUCUUGGCUCUGAGGGCAAAUGAUGCUGGAGACUACUUCCCUAUUUGGGGAACUUGCCAAGGCUUCCAGCAGUUAACUGUCUUCACAGCCAACAAAAAUCUGCUUACUCUCACUGACACCAAGGCUGUGGCUCUGCCUCUCACACUCACACCAGCUGCACAGUCCAGCCGUUUGUUCCGGAGCUUUCCCAAAGAUCUGCUGCAAUCUCUGGCUGACGAAAACAUCACCUCCAAUUUCCACAGCUGGAGUCUUUCAAUUCAGAACUAUAGCCGAAAUGCCAAGCUGAGGAGGUUUUACAAAGUCCUGUCCACUAACAGUGAUGGAAAGAAAGAGUUCAUCUCCACCAUGGAAGCCUACAAAUACCCAUUUUAUGCCGUGCAGUGGCAUCCAGAAAAAAGCCCCUUUGAGUGGAUAGAUAAGCCGGGUAUGGUUCACUCCAUCAAUGCUGUAAGAGCCAGCUUCUACACUGCCAGCUUCUUUGUCUCUGAAGCCAUGAAGAACCAACACCGUUUCUCCAAUCCUCAUGAAGAAGAAACAGCUCUCAUUUACAACUUCCUGCCCAUCUACAGAGGCAGCGACGCCGUCUUUGUGCAGAAUUAUUACUUUGAUUGAUGAACACUGCUGAAGAUUAAGUACACCCACCUCAGUCUGGUCAGGCGUGAUCCAAAACCAAACCUAGUGGAGUUGUUACCUUCAGCAGAUGAGACAUAAGGGAAUGCAGAAGUGCAAAACAAAAUGUUUUAUGGAUAAUAGAAUACAAAAAAGUAAAGUAUAGGAGAGAAAAAAUUAAACAAAAGAACAACAAAUGGAUACAGUGCCAAGAUGUAUAGAUGGAAAUUAAAUUUAGAUUUAGUUGAAAGUAUUUGCAUAACACAUUAACUCCAGCUUUACUUUUAAAUGCACAAAGCAGAAUAAAAUUAGAUUGCAGAUUUUUGGCCCUCUGAAGCAGUGGUUCCCAACCUGGGGUCCAGGACCCCCAAGGGAGUCCCCCAAAGAGCACAGGGUGUCCCUGAAGCUUUAAACAUUGAGAACUAUUGUGAAUAAUGUCCACACGUUAUCCCUAUUUUAAGAAAAAAAGGUUAGGCUAUAUGUUCUUAAUUUAACUUUGGCUUUAUUAAAGGACAGAACUCAGCUGGAUUACAUUAAUUGUGGUGAGAAACUGACUCACGAAAGCAUAAAACCAAGCAUGGUUUCAGCACAGAGUGGGACAGGGGUCCAUGGCUUACCAUUUUACCAUUAUCCAUGGCUGUAUUUGCAUGAAUGGGGUCCUUAAGGAAAAUAGGUUGGAAACCACUGAUCUAAAGAAUACGUUUGUUAAUGCUAAUGCUAUUAGUUUUUAGACACUUAACACAAUCAGUCAGAUUUGAGUGUAAUUCUCUGUCACCAACUCCCUCUUCCAUUAAAGGCAAAAUAAGUAGCAUUGAUACCUGGUGUUUUAAAUCAGAACUGCAGUCGAAAGAGAAAAACACAGAGAGCAUUCUCCACUCUUUAAACAUUUUUUUUUUUUUCAAAAUUUCACUUAUUUUGAAUUUAAUUCCUGCAGCAUGUUCCAGAAAAGCUGAGUCAUGUUACCACCUUUCUUUAUCUCAUUAAGCAUUUAGGAACUGAGGAGACUGAUUAUUGAAGCUUUGUAGGUGGAAUUCUUUCUCAUUCUCACUUACUUGCUUAACACUCCAGGUCAUUCAUUGUCUUAUUUUGCAUUUUAUAAUGUGCCAGAUGUUUUCACUGGGAGAUAGAUCUGUACUGCAAGCAGACCAGUCUAGUACCAAUACUCUUUUACUACGAAGCCAUACUCUCGUAACAUACAGAAUGUGUCUUGGCUUAGACUUGCUGAAAUAAGCAAGGGUAUCCCUGAAAAACAUGUUGCUUGGAAAGCAGCAUAUGUUGCUGCAAAACCUGCAUGAACCUCUCAGCAUUAAUAAAACAUUUACAGAUGUGCAUAUUACUCAUGUCAUGGACACUAACUCAACCCUAUACCAUCACAGAUGCCCUGAUAACAAACGUAUUGGUCCUUUAAUGACCAUUCCUUAAACUGUUGGACUAUUCCUUAGCUUUCCCAGUUCUAUUAGUUUACCAGUUUCAACAUCAAAUAUUGUGUCGUCGUUGUGUAUUUUGGUGAAUAUAGAUGAAAAAGGAUCUGUCAAUUAUUGUAUUUUUUUUAUGUUUGACACUGCAUCCCAACUUGACUGUAAUUAGAAUUUGUACUAAAGUGACAUUUCAGUUCAUUUGUUAAAGUUUGGUUAAACCCAAAAUGCGCCCAGCAGUUUCCUGUGAGAGAUGCCAUUUAUCUUUGAUUUUCUUAACUAACUAGAGACUUAAAACUAAGUCUGCUUUGCUUUUUGUUCCAUUAUGCAAUAACUUACCCUGUACAGAUGGUACUUCUAAAAACUGUUCUUAAUUACAAGCUUUUAUUAUAGACAAUCAGAGAAUUUUCAAAACUGCCUGUUGCUUCAUUUGGGAUGGAUUGCAAGUUCCUUAAACCAGCGGUUUCCAACCUGGGGUCCCUGACCCACAAAGGGGUUUGCAAAGAACACAGCGUCCAUGAGGUUUUACUGUACAGAGCCUGUGUGAUUGUUAACGCUGAGACAAGUCGAGGUGUUUUUUUAUUUGGAUGUUUCGUCCACAUGGAAUCUGUGUUUUGGGAGCCCAUAAACACAAACAUUAGAAACCAGGUUCCAAAGUGAAUAAAUCAACAGUAAAAUCUGCUGGACAGCAACAUUUUAAAACAUAUAUUCUUAGUCAAAAAUAAAAAAAACUACUUAGCAGGCCACACAUCCAAGUAAUUUUCAUCCAUGUUUUGUGUGGUUUAGUGGGAUCAGUAAGCUAAUGGAGCAACAGUAAUGGAGAUGUUCAUGUCUGUCCUGAUAACCUUAAUUUCUUUUGCAACAUUUUAUUAAUGAAACAUGUCAGAGAACUACAGUACAGAUGACAAGUCUCAAUUAGAACAAACAAACAAACAAACAAACAAAAAAAAAAAACAUUAGUUAGGCUAUAUAAUGAUAGUUGCCUUUACUUUUACCAAAGGGCAGGAAAUGACUCGGCUAUAAUGCAUGGUGAGAUAGAUAAUGAAAGCAUAAAGGUGGACAUGGUUUUAGCAUGGGGCUGGUGGGGGUCCAUGGCUUUUUGGUAGUUGCAUGAAGAGAUUGUCAAAGAAAAUAGGUUGGGAACCACUGCCUUAAAUCACGUGUAUGUCCCUUUGAAACAGAUGCUAAGGUUAUAAAGUGAGCUAAAGGUCUAAAUGGGGCAAACUAUAGAGCAUAUGAAAGAAGAGGAAGCCUGAUGGAAACACAGCAUAGACUUACCAGAAUUAAUACAAUUAUUAAUUAUUUAGCAGUAAAAUAAUACUGCGAAUAACUGAGAACAAAUGAUUGUAACAUUCCUUCUGUGACAAUGGAGCCAACUGUGUGUCUAUUUUACUUGAUUUAAUAGCACUGAUUUACAGAGAAGAUUAAUGUCAUAUUUUAAAAAAGAAAUUCCAUCUUAGUUUAAAAUUGUGUAAUCAUUUUCAGUUAGCGUUUUUGUUCCAAAAUAGACCAAUAACUGCUGAAGCUCCACAGAUGAAUCAUCUGUACUUGAUUGUAUUUUUGUGUCUUUGUGCUCAUGCAAGUGUUUUAUUUCUCUAUAGGAAGUGGAAUAUAUUGCAUAUCAUUCUGUUAGAGUGUUACAUCAAGUUAAGGUUUAUUAGGAACAUGAAAUCCACUUUGAACAAAAGGGAAAAGACACUUGAGGAUGUUGCAGGAAUGAGCUUGUUUCCUGAAUGGAAUCAGUACUUUUCGAAAAAAAAAGUGGAUCAGUUUAUGUUGGUCUGUCUUUAAAAUUAGCUUCUUUCAUGCUUUUCUUCAGUAGCAACCAUUCUGAGACUAGUAUGCCAAAUGAAAAAGGCCUUUUUGGUUUUAGCAAAUUUCUCAGGCAAUUUUUCUAUCAUGCAUUCUGCACUUUCAAACACUACAGGUUUUGUGGCAACAAAAGGCCAACAGAGUCCAGAGAAAGUUUAUCUAAAAUAAACUUAUUUUCCCUGCUGGGAACACCUUAGAACGCCUCAUGACUUGCCCAGGGGGAGCUUGAACAAGUAGCCAAGGAGAGGGGAGUCUGAACUUCUCUGUUUAGGCUACUGCCCCCACAAACCAAUCACGAAUAAGUGGUGAAAAAAUUGAUAGAUGGAUGGAUGAACACAUUUAUUCAUAACUUUUCAGUUUCUCUUUUGUUCAUGGUUAACAAUAAUAACAAUAAUCUGUCAUUGCCUAAAACCUGCUUUAUAACAUUCUACAUUUAUUGUGUAGUAGUAUCUGUCCACCCAGUGGCUUUGUAAACACACACCAAAUGCACAUUUGACUGUAAAAGAUGUUGUAUUGUACAACUUUGGGUCCUGCAGAUAAUAAACUUGGUCAGGUCAA